AUGGCAUCGGGUGAUCAACACUCAACCGACGCUCAUGAUCAUGAUUCAGAUGAUGAUACUUCAACAGCAAUAGGUUAUAAACCACCACAGAAAGUUCAUCUAGAAACAUUACUUUCCAGAGAUGCUGAUGAUUCUUCAUUAGAUCGUUAUAAAAAACAACUAUUAGGCAAUGAUAUGCAGAAAUUAUCCACUGUUAUUGAUGCGAAUGAUCCACGCCUUGUUAUACCUUUACGAAUUAGCCUAAUAUUUGAAAAUCAUGAACCAAAUGUUGUCUUUGAUUUAAACGGAUCAAUAGAACAUAUUCGACAAGCUCAUUCAAAACGUAGUGUAACAAUAAAAGAAGGAGAAUCAUAUCGUAUUCAACUAGAAUAUUACGUACAACGAGAUAUUGUCACCGGUUUAAGUUUUACACAAAAAAUAAAGAAAGCUAAGACGAUUACAGUGGAUAGAACAAAGUAUAUGAUUGGAAGUCGUGCUCCGAGUCCCGAUCUUCAGACGUAUCUUGGUGAAGUCGAAGUGGCACCAAGCGGAGUGAAGAGACAAAAGAUGCUGUUAGAAAAUGAUCAAUUCCUCUUGGAAUUAACAAAACUAUUUCAACAACAACGUGUAAAAAAUGUUGGCUCGUUAUUGCUAAACAUGAAACGCUACGAUGGUCGUACAAAACCAAAGCCACGCGAUAAAAAGAAACAACAAAAUCAACAGUCAACCUCGACUAAUGCUGCUUCAUCACCUUCAACAUCUGAUUCACCAGCGACGGGUGCCCACAUUGAAUAUAAAUGUCUUCUUCAUGCCAAAUUCGGUUCGAAAAAGUUAUCAACCGUUGUUUCAGCUAAAGAUGUUAAUCGUUUUCAAUUGGCCUAUUCAAACUUGUUAAAAGCAAAUAUGGACACAUUGAAAAAGAAAGAAAAAGAAAAAAAAACAGCCGCGGCGGCGGUAGGACAAGCAACCGCAUCCACCACAAAUGUUCCGCCGUCAACGGUAACUUCCCCUGUACCUCCUUCUCCCUCAUCGAUUGCACAAUCAUCUGCAGUAGUAACAACGAAUUCGCCAAGAAAAAAGAAGAAAAAAGACGAUAAAUAA